AUGUUCUCCAAGGUUGCCGUCGCCCUGCCUCUGGCUGCCUCGCUCCUCGAGCAGGUCAACGCCUUCAGCUUCCACCGCCACCAGCACGCCGCUGAGAAGCGUGACAACGUCGUCUGGCACACCGUUUACACCACCGUCUACGUAACCGCCGGCGUCGACGACGCUCCCGCCCAGACUGCCCAAGCUUUCGUCCAGGACAGCAAGCCUUCCGCCGCUCCUCCCGCCGUCACCGUUGUCCCUUCUCAGCCUCCUGCGGCUGCCCCUCCCGCCCAAACCACCCUGUCCACUGCUGUCAAGCCUGUUAUUACCCAGGCUUCCAUCCCCAGCGGCGCCGUUGUCUCCUCCAAGCAGGGCAUCGCCUACAACGAUGUUUCCAUGGCCAACGCUUUCAAGCAGGGAUGCUCCGCAAAGGGCUGCAAAUGGGCCUACAACUGGGGCUCCAGUGCCCCCGGCCUUGACUCCUCCGUCCAGUACAUUCCUAUGCUCUGGGGCGACCUGCCUGUUCACACAAGCCACUGGGACGCUGAUGCCGAGGCUGCUAUUGCCAAUGGUGCCAAGGCUCUCCUGAGCUUCAAUGAGCCCGAUAUGCCCUCCCAGGCCAACAUGGAUGCUGGCGCCGCCGCUGCUGCUCACGCCAAGUAUUUCUCCAAGUACAAGGGCCGCGCCCAGAUUGGCUCUCCCGCUGUCUCCAACUCUGGCCAGGCUGGUCAGGGUGUCGCCUGGCUCAAGUCGUUCGUCUCGGCCUGCAACGCCAACUCGGACUGCCAUUUCGACUUCUGCGCCGUUCACUGGUACUCCGAGGCCCAGUACGCUGACACCCUCUUUGACCACCUCAAGGCUGCUACCGAAGCCUGCGACAACAAGCCUGUCUGGCUCACCGAGUUUGCUCCUUUCGGCAGCGACGACCAGAUCUCCUCCUUCAUGACCACUGUCCUGCCCAAGCUUGAGUCUCUCGACUACCUCCACGCCUACUCCUACUUCAUGGUUGCCCAGAACCAGCUCAUGAGCUCCAGCACCGCCCUGAGCACCAUUGGCAAGGUCUACGCUGCCAUUGCCAACUAA